UUUUUUUUUUUUAAAAUCAAACUCUCUUGUAGAAAUCAACCACAGCACAUCUUCUUCCUCUGUCGAGUUAGGGUUAUGGCACAAUUUACUGCACUAGACAGAAACCUAAGUCAGGGUACUACAACUACUACUAAUAAUAUUAAUAAUAGGAAUAACAGUGGAGCAGCCAGAACCAAACGCAGCAAGAGAGCGUGUGUUGCGUUUAUGGGACAUAAAAAAAUCAGGAAACAGCUAUUUGGCUGUGCAAGGACCAACAGCCCGCUGAUGAGGCUCCUGGCCAAGGAGUGACCUGCCCUCCCCCCUCAGGAUCCGGUCCUGGCCGCCUGUCCCCCCCCCCCCCGGGGAUCAUUUUCGAAACUGUUUCUCCAACGCUUCUACCAGAAACUGAGACUGUUUUCCAAGGCGGACGCCGCCCAGCCGCCCCGGGCGGAAGCCAUGGGGAGCGUGCGGAGCCACCGUUACAGCAUCGUGUCCUCCGAGGAGGAGGGCGGAGUGAAGCUGGCCAACAUGGUCGUCCCCAACGGCUGCGGCAACGGCAAGGCCGAGCGCCGGCGCCAGAGCCGCUUCGUGCGCAAGGACGGCCACUGCAACGUGCACUUUGUCAACAUGAGCGAGAAGGGCCAGCGCUACCUGGCGGACAUCUUCACCACCUGCGUGGACAUCCGCUGGCGAUGGAUGCUGCUCGUCUUCUGCCUCUCCUUCCUGAUCUCCUGGCUGUUCUUCGGCCUGGUCUUCUGGCUGGUGGCGCUCGGCUACGGCGACCUGGACGGCGACACGCAGAUGUGCGUCUCCAACGUGGACAGCUUCACCGCCGCCUUCUUGUUCUCCGUGGAGACGCAGACCACCAUCGGGUACGGAUACCGCUACGUGACGGAGGAGUGUCCCGUCGCCGUCUUCGUGGUGGUCUUCCAAAGCAUCGUGGGGUGCAUCAUCGACGCGUUCAUCAUCGGCGCCGUCAUGGCCAAGAUGGCCAAGCCCAAGAAGAGGAACGAGACGCUGGUGUUCAGUCACUACGCCACGGUGGCCAUGAGGGACGGGAAGCUGUGCCUCAUGUGGCGGGUGGGGAACCUGAGGAAGAGCCACCUGGUGGAGGCCCACGUCAGGGCGCAGCUCCUCAAGUCGAGGACGACGGCGGAGGGCGAGUUCAUCCCUCUGGACCAGGUGGACAUCGACGUGGGCUUCGACAGCGGCAUCGACAGAAUCUUCCUGGUGUCGCCCAUCACCAUCGUGCACGAGAUCGACGAGGACAGCCCCUUCUACGAGAUGGGCAAGCAGGAGCUGGAGACGUCCGAGUUCGAGAUCGUGGUCAUCCUGGAAGGCAUGGUGGAGGCCACCGCCAUGACCACGCAGUGUCGCAGCUCCUACGUGGCCAGCGAGAUCCUCUGGGGCCACCGCUUCGAGCCGGUGCUCUUCGAGGAGAAGAACUACUACAAGGUGGACUACUCGCGCUUCGACAACACCUACGAGGUGUCCGGCACGCCGCACUGCAGCGCCCGGGAGCUCGCCCGGAAGACCUCCGACGCCUCCAGCCUCAGGAACUCCUUUUGCUACGAGAACGAGGUGGCCCUGGAGAAAAUCGAGAUGGAGGAGGAAUCGCGGGAAGUGGAGAGCGGAACCGCGACGGGUGUCCCGGAGGGUCCGCCGCCGGCCUCGGACUCGGAACACACUCCGGACUCUUUGCCUUUGGAAUCAAGACCUUUGACUGCUGAAUCGGAAAUAUGAAAGAGUGCUUUCACACCCGGGCAUGCGAACCCCUUGCUGCCCGACUCAGCAAUAAUCCUAUAGCAGUUAACUUAACACACGUCUGUUUAUGUACGAUAUUACGAUGACGCAAUAGUCCAA